CCGCUUCCUACUAAGUCACCCGGUGGCUUUUCUGGUUUGGUUUACGGAUGCUGAGGAGGCUCGCUGAUACUCACUCUGUGAACUUCCACACGGGUCUGGACGGUUUUGUCGUUAGUUUUUAACCGCACACUUUAGACAUUUUCAUCCAACAGAGAUGGCCCAGAGUUCCGAGUCCGCUAACGCCGGUUCCGCAUUUAACGGAGCUCCCCAGAAGAAGAGGAACGUGGCUGUCAUCACCGGCAUCACCGGACAGGAUGGUUCCUACCUUGCUGAGUUCCUGCUUGCUAAAGGCUAUGAGGUUCAUGGUAUUAUGAGACGUUCCAGCUCCUUCAACACAGGACGAAUCGAGCAUCUUUACCAAAACCCACAGACGCACACCGAAGGCAACAUGAAGUUGCAUUAUGGGGAUCUGACUGACAGCACAUGUUUGGUGAAGAUCAUCAACGAAGUGAAGCCAACUGAGAUCUACAACCUGGGUGCUCAGAGUCACGUCAAGAUCUCCUUUGAUCUGGCAGAGUACACCGCCAAUGUGGACGGUGUGGGCACACUGCGCCUCCUGGAUGCCAUUAAGACAUGUGGUUUGACCAACAGCGUCAAAUUCUACCAAGCCUCUACAAGCGAGCUGUACGGCAAAGUGCAGGAGAUUCCCCAAAAAGAAACCACUCCCUUCUACCCGCGCUCACCUUAUGGAGCUGCUAAGCUUUAUGCCUACUGGAUUGUGGUGAACUUCCGAGAAGCUUACAACAUGUUUGCUGUCAACGGGAUCCUCUUUAACCAUGAGAGCCCGCGGAGAGGUUCAAACUUCGUGACACGUAAGAUCAGCCGUGCUGUUGCAAAGAUUCACCUGGGCCAGCUGGAGAGCUUCAGCCUUGGUAACCUGGACUCCAAAAGGGACUGGGGCCAUGCCAAAGACUAUGUGGAGGCUAUGUGGGUGAUGCUGCAACAGGAGGAGCCGGAGGAUUUCGUAAUCAGCACAGGAGAGGUGCACAGUGUGAGGGAGUUUGUGGAGAAGGCCUUCAAACAUGUGGGGAAAACCAUCGUGUGGGAAGGGAAAGAUGAAAAUGAGGUUGGUCGUUGCCAGGCAACAGGUGUGGUACAUGUCAGAGUGGACCCCAAAUUCUUCCGUCCUACUGAAGUGGACUACCUGCAAGGAGACUGCUCCAAGGCCUUCCAGAGGCUGGGUUGGAAGGCGAAGGUGACUUUCGAGGAACUGGUGAAGGAGAUGGUGGACGCAGACAUUGAGCUCAUGAGGAACAAUCCCAAUGCCUGAGGUUCUCCUCCUCUGGUGAUGGAGACAGCAAAGCACUCCAGAUCUCCCCGCUGAAGCAGAGCUGCAGCACAUGGGCCUUUUUCUUUUUAUUCCCACCUUUGUGACUUUUCCAAGUAAAAUGUUUCUUAUUAUUUCGGUCUGUUGGAGGGAACCAAUCGAUGCCUUUGAAUCGGGAUUUGUGUUGUUUUGUUUUGCAGCUUAAAUGCCUUUUUACAAGUUGUCAGAAGAAAUAAUUUAUACUGAUUUCAGGGUUUGUGGUGUUUAUUUUAUUUAUGUUGUUUUUUUUUUUUGUGGUGAAAUGAUUUCUGUGUUCAAAUUUGAAAUGAUUUUUUUUAAAGGGGCCCUGUAGAACUAUGGAAAUAAUUAAGUGAUGUUGACCUUUCUCUGUAUCUGUCAGGGGCCCCUUUGUUGUAUGGAGGCUCAACGUUUAAUAUGUUGUUUUUUACUACAACACAAAAAAUGAAUAAAAGGGCUAAGGAGGAUAAUAAAAC